AUGUUUUUAAAGAUAAAUGAUAAACGGUUUCGAUUCUGGCAUUUUGGAGACUGGAAAGAAAUAGUUGUAGAUGACAAAUUGCCCACCCACAAAGGAAGACUCGUCCAUUUGCACUGUUCAAAUUCUACUGAAUUUUGGGCCGCAUUAUUAGAAAAGGCUUAUGCAAAAUUUUAUGGAUCUUAUGAAAGCCUAACGCAAGGUUCAACCACAAAAGCCCUUCAAGAUUUAACAGGAGGCAUCGUACAAAGUUUUGGCUUGUCACACCAAGACCGUUUUCUAACCUUCCAAGUACUCAACUCAGCAGUUCCUAGAUCUAGUCUUCUCAUAGCAACAAUCACCCAAGAAAAAGACAAUAAACGUCAACUCCGUUUAAGAAACGGCUUGAUAACUCAACAUUCCUACUCAGUAACAGGCCUGGCAAGAGUCCGAGGCACAUCAGGUGAAAUUCCAUUGGUGCGACUCAAAAACCCAUGGGCCAGAGGCGAAUGGACUGGAGCUUGGAGCGAAAGAUCUUGGGAAUGGGAUGGUUUAACCGCCAGAGACAAAGAAUUAUUAAGCGUGCGAGUUGUCAACGAUGGAGAAUUUUGGAUGUCUUUUGACGAUUUCGCCAGACAUUUUACCCAACUGGAUUUGGUUCAUAUUGGACCUGAUGAUUGGAUGAUGGAGAGUGCUUUGCAUUCUAAACAACCUUGGAGAGCUGUUUUGGCAAGAAGAAGGUGGAGGGCUGGAUAUAAUGCAGGAGGUGGACCAACUUAUACAGAGACUACUUCGAUGAAUCCACAAUUUCAUGUUCAAAUUCCAAGAGCAACCAGUAAUAAAUGUCACGUAGUAGUUUCGGUUACUCAAAGUUACGAAACCAGUUGUAUGGAUAGUAAAAAAAGGAAACCACUUAUUGCUAUUGGGUUUGCUGUGUAUGAGGUGCCUCCUUCAAUGCCAAGGUUGACUCCUAGUUUUGUUGCUGAACAAAAACCUCUGGAUGUAACCAAUCAUUCAAUUGCCAGAGAAGUGGUUACGUUUUUUACGUUACCGCCAGGCGAUUAUAUUGUGGUACCUCAGACGAAUAUACCGAAUGUUGAUGGGAAAUUUUUGCUCAGGAUAUUGACCGAUGAACAAAGCAAUAUUUGGGAGGUUAAUGAAGAUAAUAUGCUAAUUAAAAAUAUAGCUUUAGAAUUUACUGAUGAUCCGACAUCUACACUUCAUAAAGAAGGAAAGUCGAUCUUACCGAAAUUGUUGCUCAAAUAUCCGCCCGAAGUCGACGCUAGUCAGCUACAGAAAAUACUCAAGUCGAAUUGGAAAUCGUAUUUGUGCGAGAAACCUAGUUUAGAGCUGUGCAAAAGUCUGAUUAUGCUGAAGGAUUAUAAUAUCAGCGGAAAAAUUAAUAUAAUCGAUUUACCCGCUCUUAUACAUAUGCUACAAUUUUGGAGGAGAUAUCAUGCAGAUCUGCGAAAAUCUAUGAUAUUCCAAGAAGGUCUCCACAAAUGGAGGUAUUUAAGUGACUACCCUCUCGAAAUUCCAAUUGAUCAGUCAUUGUAUUCAAAAUUAUUUCAGCUAGCUUUUCAAAAAUUCGAACGAAGUCAUAACAGCGGUAAAACCUCGAGCUAUAAUCUAAGAGCACUUCUAUGGGAAGCUGGAUGCACUGUCAGCAAUAAAGUUCUAGAAUGUCUAGUGCUGAGAUUUGCCAAAAAUCGAAUUGUUACGCCGGAAAGUUACAUUAUGGCGCUUAUAAGAUUGUAUUUAGCUCAUGAGCGUUAUCAUAAUUUAGAUACGAAAAUGAAGAGCAAUCCGAUUUCUUUGGAAGAGAUGACAUUAAUGACCAUCUAUUCUUAAAAGCUUGAGAUUCUUCCGCCUUAAAAAUCCUUUAAUUAUGCCAAAGAAUUGUGUAAAAAUAUAUGUAAAUAUUUCUUAAUUAUAUAAGUAAUAAUACUAUUUAUUUAUUGAAAAUAAUGUGCAAUUAAACAGAGUACCUUUUGAAGUAAUAUUAACUUAAGGCUAAUAUAUUCCAAAAAAUUUACUUACAUUAUUAAAAUUGUGUAAUUUGAA